UUGAUUUUGAAUAACUUUAUUGGUCUGUUUGUCUGUGUAGCGGGGAGGAAGCCAAAGACCCACCCGCCUGCUGUGUCCAACGGAUCGCCGGACCUCAGCAUCAAGAAGAAACCCAGAGAAGGAAAAGGCAGCACCACGUACCUGUGGGAGUUCCUGUUGGACUUGCUUCAGGACAAGAACACGUGUCCCAGGUACAUCAAGUGGACUCAGAGGGAGAAGGGCAUCUUCAAGCUGGUGGACUCCAAGGCCGUGUCCAAGCUCUGGGGCAAACACAAGAACAAACCUGACAUGAACUAUGAGACCAUGGGGCGGGCUCUGAGGUACUACUACCAACGUGGUAUACUGGCCAAGGUCGAAGGUCAGCGGCUGGUCUACCAGUUCAAGGAGAUGCCCAAGAACAUCGUUGUCAUCGAGGACGAUAAGGCCGACUCCAGAUCGGGCGAUCUUAUUGGCUCAGAGAAGUCUUACCACGAGAGAGUCCUGCCCUCGUCGGAGACGAUACUGAAUGUGGCCGAGCUCGCCACGACGCCCACCAUCCUGAGGGGUGGGACUAGAACCGUGGUCCAUCCUCCGGUUGCUAAGGGCAACAAGGCGGCGGUGACGGGGGGCGGGGCGGCGGUGGGGGUUCCGAGGAUAGUGACCAUUUCCACGGCGCCAGACGGAACCCAGACGCAGCAUUCUCACACGGCCAUCAUCCCCACUGCCUCAGGACCCAGGACUGUACGGGUUGCCAUGCAAGUGCCUGUAGUCAUGACAACGUCACUGGGCCAGAAGAUCUCAACGGUUGCCAUGCAACAGGCGCCAGGGACGUCGGGAGGCCAAACGACGUACCAAUUGGCCAACGCCUCUCCCAUCGGCACGGCAACGGGCAACGCGAACUCCCAACCGAAGGUUGUGAUCCAGACCAUCCCCACUAUGGUUCCAGCCACAGCGGAGAACGGAGACAAGAUCACGGUCCAACUGGCUAAGAUCAUCACCAUCCCGGCCCACCAGCUGGCCCAGUACCAGCAGCAGACCAAGCCUGGCCUGGGGGGCUCCCCGACGGGCAGCAUCUCUCUCCUGGGCGGGACAAACUCCUGGGGGGUACGAGCCCUGGCACCUCAUGUUACCAUGGCUGCAGGGACACAGGUGAUGAGGCUGGCCGUUCCCACAACGCUGCAUCAUCAUCAACAACAACAGACACAUCAUAUCGUCACGACGACGCAAGGUGGCGGGACCGGGACGGCAGUGGUCACCGUGACGACGACAACAGCCAAUCAGAGCGCUCCGGUGGCGGCAUCCCAUAUCAUCAGCGGCAUCAUCAAGAGAUCUGGCACGGCGACGAGAGAACAGCAGCAGCAGCAGGCCAAGACGCUGACCGUUAAAACGGUACAGGCCCUCCCCGUCCAGACCACGUUACCGGAAGCACCGGAGAUCAUCACGGUAGUCGUCUAAAUCAGAGGAGCUCCCGCCUGAGAUCAAGUCAGAAGAUCCGGAGUUUUGAGGCCACAAGUACGGACACACACACACACACACACACACACCUCAACAUUGUACAGUUUUUUGCCCACAUAGUUUGUUCUUUUUUUUCUACAUGACAGUUUGAGAGACUAUAAAGACCCACAACCAGCUCUGAUUUACCCUGGGGGGGGGUGUGUGUGUCUAC